UCUACAGGUAUUUCAACAGUAAAUAGUGGUUGUUUAAAUAAAACGGAUAAAGGUGUACCGAUCGAUGCUUGCGACGAAGUGAAAUCAUCAUUACCUGGUUCAAGUACUGAAUUCAUUGAGCGCAUAUGUACGUGUUCUCGAGAUUUUUGUAAUUUUUCCAGCCACAAAUCUUUUUCAUCAGUUCUGCUCUUAUUCAUUUCAUUCAAUUUGUUUUUAUAG